UUUUAGGGAAAGAAAAGCAGAACAGCAAGGCAGAGUGAGAAGACAUGAACAGCAGCAGACAGACUGACUGACUCCUUUGACUGCCGAAUUGAGAAUGCUGGAAGUGCAUAUUCCCUGGUAAUUGCUGUAUAUCUGAGUAUUUCAUCUAACAUGAAGGUGCUGGGGAUUUUUCUGUUGCUGGAAGUUUCAGGCUUCUUUCCCAUUUUUUCCAGCCGUUCCCCUCCAGUCCAUUGCCGUUGGAAUUCUUUUGGCCCUUGGUCCGAGUGCGAUGGCUGUACUCAAAAACAGGUUCGGAGACGGACAGUAGCAGUUUAUGGCCAGUAUGGGGGAAACCCCUGCUCUGGGGAUGCCUUUGAAACAAGACCGUGCACCCCCACAAGGGGAUGUCCAACAGAGGAUGGCUGUGGUGAUCGGUUUAGGUGUUUCUCAGGCCAGUGCAUUAGCACAUCCCUUGUGUGCAAUGGCGAUCAGGACUGUGAGGAAGAUGGUGCAGAUGAAGAUCGAUGUGAAGAGAAGAAAACUGUAUGUGAUAUUGACAAAACACCUCCAAAUUCAGAACUCACAGGAGCAGGCUUUGAUGCUAUUACUGGUGAGACCAAGGGAAGAGUCAUUCACACAAAAAGCUUUGGAGGGCAAUGCAGAAAGGUUUUUAGUGGCGAUGGGAGAGAAUACUACAGGCUGAGUGAAAGUGUUCUUGCUUAUACUUUCCAGGUCAAAGUUCAGAAUGAUUUUAGUUAUGAGUUUUUCAACAGCACCUGGUCUUAUAUGAAACAUACAGAGAGGUAUGAAAACUCAAAUAGACGCAGUAAUUCACAGAAUGAAAGUCUGCGAAAGAGUAAGCAGCUGAUGGUUGUUGAGAACAGUGUGGAAGUUGCUCAGUUCAUUAACAACCGCCCCGACUUCCUCACUCUUGCGGAGUCUUUCUGGAAGGAAUUGUUCAACCUUCCCAUUGUCUAUGACUACAGCAUCUAUCGAAGACUUAUUGAACAUUUUGGGACUCAUUUCUUACACUCUGGAUCUCUAGGAGGCCACUACAAAGUUAUUUUUUAUAUGGAUACUGACAAAAUGAAAGCAGAAGGUGUCAGCAUAACAAACUUAUACGAGUGUACCACAUCAGGAUGGAAUGCAUUCUUUGUGAAAAAGAAGAAAGUGACAUGCAGCAAACUGGAUGAAUUACUGCAGACUUCUUCAGGAAGCAGUGGUAAUAAGAUUAAAGGAGACCCUUACAUAGAAGGAGGAAGCCCAGGUGCUGUUGCUGGCCUUAGUUAUCUAGAGCUGAAUAAUCCUGCUGGGAACACUCGAAGCUACACCUUGUGGGCUGCAUCAGUGACAGAUUAUCCCAGAGUAAUUAAAAAAAAGCUAACACCAUUAUAUGAGCUGGUAAAGGAAGUACCCUGCUCCUCAGUCAAAAAGCAUUACCUAAAACAAGCAAUUGAAGAAUAUAUGGGUGAAAAUCAUCCCUGCAAAUGUCAGCCUUGCCAGAAUGGUGGUGAACCAGCUGUGGAAGGAACACAAUGUGUGUGUUACUGCAAGCCUUACACCUUUGGAGCAGCUUGUGAGCUGGGAACUCUCGUGCAAGAUCAGCCAGGUGUUGUUGAUGGACGCUGGAGCUGCUGGUCUUCUUGGAGUCCUUGCUCAGGGGGAAGAAAAUUGAGGAGUCGAACCUGCAACAACCCCUCCCCAAGUGGGGGUGGGAAGACCUGCAUAGGAGAGCAGAGUGAAAGCAGACCAUGUGAAGAUGAAGAGUUGCAGCAUCUUCGCUUGAUUGAACCACACUGUUUUGAUUUAUCCAUAACUCCUACAAAAUUCUGUUCACCUCCUCCUCCCUUGGAAAGUGGAUUUGUUCAAAAUGCUGAAAACUCAUACCCUGUCGGGAAAAGCAUUGUUUAUGCUUGCAGACAUGGAUAUUCUCUUGUUGGUGAUCCUGUUGCUAAGUGUGGUGAUAAUUUACAAUGGCAAGUUGGAGACAGAUAUUGCCAAGAAACCGCUUGUCUCCUGCCCGACCUGGAGGGGGGUUUGCAAGGAGAGCCAUGGAAAGCUGUGUAUGAGAUUGGUGAGAGAAUAACUCUGUCCUGCCCACAUAGCAUGCACUUAGAAGGGGCACACUCCAUUUUGUGUGAGCCCAGUCUCAAGUGGUCUCCCGACGUGAAGACUAUCCAGUGCAAGGCACCAGUGCCCAGUGUGAAACCAGAAGUGACAGAGCCUAAAUGUCAGCCAUGGGAGAAGGUAUAUCAGUCACGAUGUGUGUGUAAAAUGCCCUAUGAGUGUGGUCCUUCCCUGGACACCUGUGCUACAGAUCAAAGAACUAAGAGAAACACACGUUUAACUGUUUGCAAGAUGCAUGCCUUGGAGUGCACAGGCAGAAAAUAUUCUCUCAAUAAUGCAGAAAACUGCAAAAUAUCCCAGACAACUGAAAUACCUUGUGGAUCAUGCCGUUCAUGGGAAAAAUGCAAUGUGCAAUCCAACAGCUGUGUUUGUGAUGAAGAUGCUCUGUGUGAGGACGGAGGCAUCCAGAUCUGUGCUGAAGUGAGCGGCUCUGCUGCCCAUCAGACCAUGACAGAAUGCGAGGUUGGGCAGCUCAGAUGCCAGGGGCAGGCUGUCACCCUUGUCAGCAUAAGGCCCUGUGAUGUGCAGAGUAAAUAAGAUACAGUUACGGUUUAUUUUAGUUGUUGCCAGGGGAUAUCUCAAAAUGUGUCGGCUCUUGGGCAGGACAUAUUUUGAACCUUGCUCUGCCAAAUGUAAGCUCUGCUGUGAAAUCCACUGCAGCUGAUGAGAUUAUGCAUCUGGUCAGCUCUGAAUCAAGGCCUGAGGCUCUCCGUUAGACAGACAUGUACUUGCCACUACUGCUCACAAUAGAGCUCUUGCUUAGGCACUAGCCUUAGCACUGGCAUGUUUACUUCAUAUUUCCAUCAAAUUUUAAAAAAUAUUGCUGAAGUGCAAGUGCCGAAGUAGCUAUUAUAGUGAUGGAUUACCAUGUCUGACAUGGUAAAUUUAUUUUUACUAAAGCCACACAUAUGCUUGCAUUGAGUAGAUCUAUAUCAGCAAAACAUAUAGACUAAGCUUUACAGAGCAGGAGGUAUGAUUCUUCUCUUUUAAUAAAGCAUCUUAUUCCUACUGUGUGUUAUUCAGUUGAGCAAACAGUGCACACAGCACUGAACCUGUUUUUGAGCCUGAUGGGCUUAAAGGUCAAAACAGUGUGCAUUGAUAGGAAAGCCACCUUAAAGCAAUGAGAACACAGCUAUGCUUGCAGCUUUUUGUGCACAGAACCACAUAAUGAAAUAUUGCCAUUUUACAUUGUCAUUGUUAUCAUGAGCUACAAGGAGCACAGGUAACUCAGUUGCAUCUGUCACGUGCAUUUAUGUUUGUGCCAAGACCAGUUUCCUUACAGACCAUUGCAAAAAGAGGCCUUCCACCACAGUAAAACUUCGUUAAAGACAGCUGUUAGGGAAAACUUAUCCUCACAGCAAUGGAGACAUUCUGUAUGCAGUCCCUCUGGAAAUACCUUUGGACAGUCUUCAAAGACUGUUCUGGAAUAAAAGAAGUCUCUUUCACUCUUUCCUUACACAGCUAAGCAUGCUCUCUGGUGCAGUCAGAUAGUGACACCUUUGCUUACAUAUUACAAGUUCAUUCAUGAACCUGUGUUGGCAGUCCCAUCCCUUCUGACUGUUCAGGAAUGCAAACAAGGUCAAAGGGCUGGAUAGCAAGUGGGUAUUCAGGCAAGUGCAAUAUUACCAGCAAGAAACAUGCAUGCUUUUAAAGCAAGGCAUGUUAUUUCUUACUAUCAAUGAGAUAGUAAGAUGAAACAUCUCUCUUGGUAGUCAUGUUUCUACCAGUAGCUUCCUUGUGUAAUCCCUACCCUCAGCUGGAAAAGCUUUGCUUUGGAUGAUGCUGACAAUGAGGAGUAAGACAGAUCAGGAGCAGCAUGCUUUUCGUGGGAGACUCUCUCUUGUGGAGGCAGCUAUGUUGGGGGAAGGUUACCACCACACUAGCUGAAAGGACGUCCUGACCUUUAUGCUGUCUGGAAAAUAAUUUUUUUUUUAAUAGCAAAUAAUAAAUUUUUGUGAAUAGUAUACAGAUGAAAGUAAGUAGAAUAAAAUCCAAAUAAAUUUAA